AUGCUGCCGUACCUGUUCCCUGAGCUGUCCACCUUUACUACAGUCGCCGAUCUUAUCACCCACCUUCGCACUAGUGAUGCCCGCCUGCGUGCCGCCCUUCCCACUGAGUUCUGCGCUAAGAAUCCCCCUCCACUGUACUGGACACUCCACUUCAUAGUCACCCGUCUCCCUGACACCCUCAGCUCAGUUCGAGACCACUUCCUUGCUCGCUGUCCCACUGAGCUCACAGUCGCCCUCCUAGAGGAGCACCUGCUAGCGGCCGAAAAGAGCAUUGUAGCUGUCGGUGCUGCUCGCGGCGCUCCUCGCACCCCCAUCUUUGAGGGGUGUUCUCCCUCUCCCCUCGCUCCCUCCUACGCUACUGCUGCUGCUGUUGACUUCCUUGGUGCUGAGUCUGCUGGCGCUGCUUCUGCUCCUGGUGGGAGGCGCCGCACCGGCAAGGGCAAGGGGGGCAAGGGUGGCGGGGGUGGCGCUGGGGGGGGAGGAGGUGGGGGAGGUGGGGGGGGAGGCGGUGCUGGAGGGAGCGGUGGCGGGAGCACUAGUGGGAGUGGGGUCGGCGGUGGAGGCGGGGGCGGCGGAGGGAGCGGUGGCGGUGGUGGCGGCGGCGGCGGCGGCGGCGGCAGUGGCGGUGGCGGCGGUGGCGGUCGGAGCGGUGGUAGUGGUGGCGGCGGAGGUCGGAGUGGAGGCACUGGCUCGGGCCAGAGCUCCCAGCAGCAGCAGCGUCCCCAGACGACCCAGCAGCUUCGUGAGUGGCUUGCUCAGCGUGGGACGUCGGGGGGCAGUGGCCGCUGUUCCUAUGUCAUUCGCACAGGUGACCGCAAGGGGCAGACGUGUGGGAGGUUCCACACCCAGUACCGCUGCUUCUCCCGCCUUGACGACGCUUGGCGUGAGGAGAUGGGCGAGGAUGUUGAGCGCCCCCGCUGGGCUGAGCUGAUGAGGGCUGGUGUUGAUAUCUUUGCUCUUGACUAUGAUGCUAUUCUUGCUGCCAUGUAUGCAUUGACUGUUAGUGCCGAGGGAGACUGUUACUUGUGUGUGCCGCCUGACCCAGGUAUAGAGCCCGCUGCCCUGGCCACUAGUGAGUCUGCUCUCUCUGGUAUGGUGCCCCCUGUACUUGCUCCCUCCAGUGCUGUCCCCGCUGUUUGCGAGUCUGCUCUCUCAGGUACAGCACCCACAGAGACUGCUCUCUCAGGUACCGCACCGGCUGAGGCCUGUCACACCUUCACCCUUGACUCAGGUGCUUCCCGCUGUUUCUUUCGUGACAGUACUGAGCUCACACCGCUUCCUGCACCGGUCCCAGUCUCCUUGGCUGACCCCUCUGGGGGCCCAGUCCUUGCCCAGUCCACCACUGUGCUCCCUUGUCCGGCGGUUCCGUCUGGCUCGUUGUCGGGUUUCCACCUCCCCUCGUUCUCGACGAACCUGGUGAGCAACGCUGUCAUCCAGGAUCAGUGGGUUGACACCUUUACCCCUGGAGGACAGCGUGUGGCGAUCUGCACGUGCUCCAGGACCGGCCGUCACCUGGCUACGUUCACCCGUCGACCAGGGUCGAGUCUCUACACACUGACCACUGCGUCUCCUCAGGUCGCUGCUGUCGGUCAGGUGUCCGCGUCAGGUCUGGUGGCCCACGCCUGUGAGUGUCGUUCCCUGUCGCACCAGACUCUUCUCUGGCACCACCGCCUGGGUCACCCCUCCUUGCCACGCCUCCAUGGCAUGCACCGUCGCCACCUUGUGUCUGGUCUUCCCAGGUCCCUCCCUCCCCUCCCUGCCUCGCCUGCGCCGCCUUGCCUUCCUUGCGUCGAGGGGCGGCAGCGCGCCGCUCCUCACUCCUCCUCGUUCCCCCCGACAGAGGCUCCUCUGCAGACCCUCCACCUGGACGUGUGGGGCCCAGCCCGCGUUCGUGGCCAGGGCGGUGAGCGGUACUUUUUGCUGGUUGUUGACGACUACUCGCGUUACACCACGGUCUUCCCCUUGCGCACCAAAGGUGAGGUCCCUGCUGUUCUGAUCCCUUGGAUCCGCACAGUUCGUCUCCAGCUCCGCCGCCGUUUCCGGACGGAUCUUCCUGUCCUGCGUCUGCACUCUGACAGAGGUGGUGAGUUUUCCUCCGAUCUCUUGAGGACCUUCUGUCAGGCGGAGGGCAUCGAGCAGACCUUCACGCUUCCGGACUCCCCACAGCAGAAUGGGGUUGCUGAGCGCCGCAUUGGCCUGGUCAUGGAGGUCGCUCGUACCUCCUUGGUUCACGCGGCGGCUCCCCAUUUUCUGUGGCCGUUUGCUGUCUGGUACGCCGCGCAUCAGCUCAACCUCUGGCCCCGUGUCUCCUUGCCGGAGACCUCGCCUACACUGCGUUGGACGGGGGAGGUUGGCGAUGCGUCGCGCUUCCGGGUGUGGGGUGCUCGUGCCCUUGUCCGCGAUGCGUCCGCGGACAAGCUCUCCUCCCGCACACUUCCCUGUGUCUUCCUGGGCUUUGUCCCUGACGCGCCGGGCUGGCAGUUUUACCACCCCACCUCGCGCCGGGUCUUCGCCUCUCAGGACGUCACCUUUGACGAGUCGGUCCCUUUUUACCGUCUCUUCCCCUACCGCACUGCCCCCCUCCCUCCCCCGCCGCUUUUCCUUGCUCCUGGUCCCCCUCCGGUAGACCCCCUUCCCCCUCAGGGUCCUGCUCCUUCAGGUGUUUCUCAGGUCGACCCUCCUCCCGUCGCUGAGCCUGUCGAGGUCACAGGUGACUCAGGUGCUGCUGCAGGUGGUGCUGCUGGGAGUGCUGAGCCUGGGGGUGCUGAGCCUGCGAGUGCUGGGCCUGGGAGUGCUGGGACUGCGGGUGCUGGAGCUGAGGGUACUGUGCCUGAGAGUUCGGCGCCUGGGGGUGCUGAGCCUGGGGGUGCUGCGACUGGGGGUGCUGAGCCUGGGGGUGCUGAGUCUGGGGGUGCUGAGUCUGGGGGUGCUGCGCCUGAGGGUACUGGGCCUGGGGGUGCUGCUGCUGAGCCUACGGAGCCUCGGGCGCUUUCGCCGUCCUAG